AUGGCAGGCACCAUACGCCCAAACGACAUGAAUGUCUCCACGACUCCAACACUCUCCUCAGGCACCCUGCCCAACCUCACAUCCCUCCAAACCGACCUCACCAAGAAGCCCAACGCGCCACGCGCUCCCCGCAUAGACGUCGAACCCUUGUAUGCAGCGGUAAAGAGCUCCAUAAGCGACGCAGACUGGACCAUCUACAAGAAAACCCUCUCCUUCUUCCUCCUCGGCAACCUCAACCAAGAAGAGCUGUCCCACAAGCUAUCCAAGAUCCUCACUACACCGGCCCUCGAACACGCACACAAUGCCCUCUUCACAGCUAUAUACGCCAACAUAUGGCGCGAUCCGCCGGAAGCGGGCAUCGCAAGUUGGGUGUCGAGUAGUGAUAAGCCGACAAGCGGGACAGUCAAGGGGACAGGGGAUGAGAGCGAGAAGAGGCUGAAACACGAGGUUAUGCAAUUGAGCCGCAGGGAAAGAAAGAGACUCAAGGGUAUACCGGCUGGUGAAAGUCCGCUGAGUACGGGGUUGGAAGGCUUGGGCGCGGGUGCUGCUGGGCCAGUGCAGGAGUACGUUGACGCUAGGCGUGCGAAGCAGCUGGAUGUUGGGCCGAGCAGCAACCAGGGCGGCGGAUUCGGCAAGACAAACUGGGAACUCGAAAUCCGCAAACGCUACACCUCAGCCCUCUAUGCCGAGACACACGAAUUUCCCACCGCCACUACGAUAUCCUACCGCCUCCUACCCAUAUGCUACGAGUUUGGCUUACCACAAGGCCACACAUCUGAUUGUCCCGACUACCUCAACAUCGCUACGGAGACGUACAUCAAAGAAGCUCUAUCAAAUCUGCUAGGCAAAGUAAGCAGCAACGGCCCCGGCUACGUACGAACCGGCGAGUUCAAGAAGAAACUAGCCCGAGAAGAAAGACUAGUAGAGCGAGGCGAGCUCGCACGCGGAACCGCGGGCGAACUCCCCGUCGAAGCAGAAGAACGACGGAAGAGAAAACCCCUCUGCAUGGAAGAUCUACGCCUAGCGCUCGGACUGGGGGAUUCCUAUCUCGGCCAGACGCCGCUGAUUGCGGGGGCGAUUAUGAACUCGAGGUUUCUGGAUGCCCACGGUAUCGAGGAGAUUUAUAAUAAUGAUUCAUUACCGCACCGCAAACUCGGUGCCCUGGCGAAUGGUACUACUCCUACUCCUACUCCUACUACUACUACUACUCUCACCAACGGUAUCAACGGUAUCGGGAACGCGGGUAAGCUCAAUCUCAAUGGCGAGACGUGGACGGUGGACUUUGGCGAUCCCAUGCAGAUUGAUGAUGAAGUGGGCAUGCAUUGGCAAGGGGGUAGUGUGCAGGAUAUGCAGGAGAUGGACGAUGCGCUUGACGAUGUUUUGAACCUUGGGGACCUGUAG